CUUCAGUUUAUUUUGAACCGCCGAUUCUAGCGAAAGCGAAAUUAUCUCGCAGUGUGUGUCGAAUUUCGAAACGAAUUUUUCAAAAACGAAACGUGUUGCUCUCGUCGCCGUCGGCUCUCGUCUCUCGCUCUCGCGCGACGUUGCGAAUUUUCCGGGAGCGCGUGCACAGUAGUGAAAGGGGGAAAACUCGGGAUUUGGAAUUUUCUUUCGGGGCCAGAGUUUUCUCGCCACAGUCUCGGUCGGUCAGUCUCGCGGCGAACGUGUGCGAAGUUGUGCGCGGCUCUUUCUCAAGUGUGUGUGUUGGAGUGGUUGAGUUUUUCCGCGGAUUGCUGCAAGGAGAAAAAGGCAGCAUCCUCCGUCAGUUUGAUCUGUCAGCAUCAGCAAAGGAAAAGAAGAGUAGGCGCUGGGAAAAUCUAGAGCAGACACGGAUCUGCUCAGAGAAAAUUAUACUGAAAACCGAGUUGGCAGUAGUAGGCUGAGACCGCGGUGAGGAGGAGCGCGCGCAAAAAAAAAGAGGAAAAUAAUAUAAAAAAUGAAUUAGCGGAGCCAUGCGAGAGUGACAGUGACAGCAAAAUCGAAGCCAAAACCAAAACGUCAAACCAAAUGAAUUUAUAGAUGUAUUUUUUUGUCUGUUACCAAAUAUUUGAAAAGUAAGAGUUAUUAGAUAUGAAUAGUAUUGUUAUUAUCAGUUUAUGGAUAUUAUUGCUAUUUAACAAAGUUUUAUGUCAAGAUGAGACGGUAUCAGUUCUGAGGAGCGAAAAGGUAGAGCUGACAUGCCCGAUCGACAUUGCGACGUGCGGCGAGCUGCACUCGCUCAAGUGGUUCAAGGGCACCGAUCGCAUCGCGGUCGUCUCCGGUGACGGCGAGGUCGCCAAGGUCGAGGGCAGCUUCAACGACCGGGUCUCGCUGGACCACAAGGCGCAGAGCAGCCGGCUCGUGUUUAAGAGCGUGGAAAUCGCCGACGAAGAUACAUAUCUGUGUGAAACCACAUUUUUAGAGCCCUCCGAGUCGUGUGACAACUCCGGGGCGUAUAGUAUAGCACUCAAUGUUUACGCCAUUCCCUCAGUAAUAGCACUUCAGGAUGGCAGUAGGAAUAGUAUUAAGAACGGUUCCCACGUCGGGCCGAUGCGGGAGGGUCAGGAUCUGCAAGUCGUUUGCGAAGUAUACGGCGCCCGUCCAGCACCUGUGAUAAGUUGGCACCGGUCGGGGGGUGUGGUGAGGGAUUCCCAGAUUGUGGAGGACCAUAAUGGGCUGUUCACGGUGAAGUCUACAUUAUCGCUCACCCUGUCACGGCAGGAGCUCGGCUCCACCUACAACUGCCGGGUCGAGAUGAAAGAGUUGCAGCUGGUUGUGGAUAAUCAUUUUCAUAUCGAUUUACAAGUGAGACCUACAAAGAUCAAUUUAUCUGGUGUCGAACAUCACACGGUACAGGGUACCAAAGUUUUACUCCAGUGCAAGGUGAGUGGCGCUAGGCCGGCUGCCAACAUGACCUGGUACAACACGUCCAAGCUGAUAUCGGACGAGGACACCGGCCGUGCGGACCAGCUCACCAGCAUCAGCACGAAAACGUACUUGCAAAACGACGGCACGUUCGAGACCAUCAGUCAGAUGAUUUUCACCGCGACCCGGUUCGAGAACGGAGCGUCGAUUCGCUGCGAGGCGGACAACAUUGUGAUGCGUGAGGACGGUGACCGGCCCCUGCACGAUACGCUCGUCCUCGAGGUCAUGUAUCCACCGGUGGUUUCGGUCAAGCCGGACAACAUCACGGUCAACGAGACGCAGGACUUUCUGGUGUUCUGUGAGUACGAGGCGAAUCCAGCCUCGCUCGAGAUUGUCCGGUGGUUCCGGAACGGGCAGGAGAUCAAGCUGGCGAACGCGCCCGCCCGCUACGAGGGUGGCACGCCCGAGCAGACGGCCCUGCUGAUCAAGAACUCGACCCGGAACGACAUCGGGACGUACACCUGCGAGCUGUCCAACUCCAUCGGGACCGACGUGUCCGAUAACGAGAUUUAUGUCGAUGUUUUAUACAAGCCAAUUGUGGUCCUGAACAUGGACCCGGAGACACCGGUGGUCGAGAAUGACCAGGCAAACAUUACGCUGCUGUGCAACAUCGUCGACGGCAAUCCGUUGGUGCUGACCAAGGUGCGGUGGUUCUUGGACGGUGAGUUCUUGAAGGAACUGCCCGAGUGUGACGAGGCCAGCACCGGCGAUGAGAAUCUGUGCGAGGUCGAUCCGACCAAGAUGCUGCUGCAGAACGUGGGCCGCGAGUUUAUCGGGAACUACUCGUGCGAGGGCUUCAACGUGGCCGGUUGGGGCGACACGAGUGAGGAGAACCCGUUGGAUAUCUAUUACGAGCCGGGGAAUGCGACGAUGGUGCAUUAUCCGCAUGUGGCCAUCAAGCGGAAGAGUGUGACGUUCAACUGUUCGAUUGAAGAUCGGGGAAAUCCCAUUGCGACGAGGUAUCGAUGGCUGCGCGGUGGCAAACCCGUGAUGGAUGUGGUCACUCCGUCGUGGACCGUCGAUCCGGUUGGGCUGGACUCGCGGACGACGUUUUCGUGCUUUGCGUACAACGAAGGUGGCGAAGGAAAUGCCGCGGAAGUGAGGCUGGAGGUGCACGCACCGCCGGCCUUUGUCCAGAAGCUACACCCGUACACCGGCGCGCUGUACUCGACGUCGAACAUCUCGCUGGCGUGCCGGGUCGAGUGCGUUCCGUCGUGUACCAUCUCGUGGUUCAAGGACGGCGUCGGCAUCGAGGACAGCGACGAGCGGUACUACAUCACGAGCCAGUACCUGGCGGCGGAACCGGCCACCGGAGACUUUGAGAGUGCUUACUCGGUGCUGCACUUCAACAUGUCCGCGUGGCCGGAUGGCAUCCUGGACCGCAUCCGUGACAGCUCCAACUACUCCUGCGUGUCAUCAAACAACUCAGCAGGCCCUGGAGUUCGCAGCACCACUUACUUUGGCGUCGAAUACCCCCCGGAAAACACGUCCCUCUCCAACGCGGCCAUCUCCGUCGAGGAGGGCAAAAUUCCGCCCCGGAUCGUGUGCUCGUCCCGCGCCUACCCCGAGCCGGCCUUCUACUGGACGCGCAACGGCGAAACGAUAGUGAAGGGCAGUGCCCUCGUGGUGAACAGCGUGCUGGGGCGGGACGACGCCGGAGUUUACACCUGCGUGGCGUUCAACAAGCACGGCAAUCACUCCACCGAUGCGGUCAUCGAUAUUCACUACAAGCCCACGUGCGGCAUCGUGCGCAAGGAGGUCAACAACGAGGACGUCCUGAUCUGCACGGCCACCGGCAGCCCCCGCGAGUCCGAGUUCGAGUGGAGUCUCAAGUACGAGAACGACACCCUGCAGUCGCACAAGACCGGCGGCGACGCGUACGAGAGCAUCCUGACGCUGGACAACGACGUGUCCGCCAUGAGGACGUACGUGUGCGUGGCCAGCAACAGCGUCGGAAUGGGGCCACCGUGUGAAAUCGAGGUGGCAGGUUACGUCGCCUGGUGGCUCAAGGGGGACAUCCUGACGCCGUACAUCCUGAUUGCGGCCGUGGCGGCGCUGCUGCUCGCCGUUAUCCUGAUUUGCGUUAUCAUCAUCUGCAUUUGCCGGCGCAAGAGGCGGCAGGACAAAUUUACUGGAGAAUCAUCGACUGCUGGCGGAUCCCAGAUCGAACCAGGAGAAUAUGAGAACCUUCCCUUCCACGGACUGGCGACCCCGCCUAAGAAGGCCAUGCUUGCAAAGAACAGCCUCGCCCCGGCAGUGAAAUGCCCUAACAAAUCGCUAACCCCGUCGUGUUUCCCGACCCAUCCGUACAACUACAUCAACUAUCAGCAACGCGACAACAACAACACUAGCAAUAGCAACUCCACUCCCAUCGGUGGUGGCGGUGCAGGUACCAAGCCCCCCUCGAGCCUGUCCUCGUACAACACCGCAAGUCAGUCCACGAUGCUGACCAACCAAAGCAAUAUGUCCUCGCUGUCCAACAGCCAGGACUUGUCCAACAACAACAACAAUUUUAACUGCAAAACCGCCGAGCGGAAGAAACUUGGCACCACCACGGCCACGACCCAGCACCUGCUGCUGGACAACAGUGACACCGUGUCCACGCACAGCUUCUCCUCGGGGAAAUCCCUCAAGAGGCCACCACCCCCAUCAGGUUGCGCCGACAAGAAGCUGAUCGACCUGGAAACAGUCACCCCGCUCUACGAGAACUUAACCGACUCGAUUCAGAUCCACGAGUCGCCGAUGGGCGGCACAGCCGCCGGCAACAAAUUCUCCAUAGAUCAAGAACGCUACAAGAUCAGCCUGUCGCGGAAGCCCCGCAGGUCGAACGCGCGCUCAAACAGCGCCGUCUCGAACAGCUACUACGACUGCAUCAAGCCGAUUCCGGCGCCGCGGCAUCGGAAGUACGCGUCGACCAACUCGUUGCUCACGAAGAACAUCCAGAUGUACGCGAACAAGCUGGAUCCGAUCUACAUGAAUCUGCCCGUUAGCUCCGGGUACGAGACGGAUCCAAGGGCGAACGAGGAGUUUGGUGGGGCGGGGGGAGAGUGCCCCGGUGCGUACGACAACCACUACUUCGAGAUCACCCAGCACCAGACGCGCAUCCUGAUUCCGAAAGAGCUCUUCCCCGUAGAUAGAAGCAACCAAGCCAAGAUUAACCAACUGCUGAAGAAGAACCUCGUUUCCUCCUCUUCAUCCAACACCUCCAACACCUCCUCGUCCCGACGCCACAUCAAACUGCCUUUACAAAAACACCAUAGCUUUAAUUUCCAAUCGUCCCAAACGGUGGAAGCGACCGUGCGCGACCUUAAGAUUAAAUCGCACUCGAUCAGCUCAAAAACGCUGCGAGACUAUCGCAAUAGCAGCGGCAACAGCAGCAGCAGUUCUGGCGUCGUCAACAACAACAACAACAACAACAGCAUCAUCAUCAGUAGCAACAACAACAGCAAUUUGAUCAGUAGCAAUAGCAAUAGUAGCAAGUUCCCAACUAGUUCCACCAAUCCAUUUAUUAACAGUAGCAGCACCCUAACCAGUAGCAGCAGUAGUAGGCGUUUGCAACUCGCAGCAGCCCGGCAGCACACGACCCUGGCAACGGCAACGCUUGCUACGGUCCGUCAAUAUCCCUCCCAUUCCGGGCCGGAAAGUGACGAAGACGAAACGAGCAGCGAUCCGGACCAGCCGCCGGCACUGCUUCUUCACCAUCAAACCAAACCAAACCAUCAUCAUCAGCAGCAGCACCAUCAUCAUCACCGUCACAGCAAGCAACAGAAGCAACAACAACAACAACAACACAUUGUAGGAGCGCCCACAAACUCCGCCACGGUCUACAAGUAUGAAUCUAACUCGAUAGCCUUCAAACCUAUCACUCCUGUGCCAACGAGUACUCCAGCAAUAACUAACUCUAAAUCAUCGGUUAAUAAUAUGUGUAAAGAUAAAUUUGCUAUUAAAUAAUUGCAAAACAAAACAAAAAAGAUACACUAAGAAGGAAUAAAAGAAAAAGAAAACAACUGAGAUAGGGGUAAAACAAACCAAAACAAAAAACAGGAUCUGAUAAACAAUAGUAUAUAAAGAAGAACUAACUGAAAUUAGAAAAAUAA